AUGGCAACAUUAUACACGGCGGAAACAGGUAAUGGUAGAAAACCAUUGAUCUUAGUUAAAUUACUUGAUGCUCCUAUCAAAGUUCAUCUUUUCGAUUGGCCAUCGAAGGAAAUCAAGAGUGGCCUGUAUUUGAAAUUAAACCCCAAUGGAUUAGUCCCAACUUUUGUUGAUGAUGAUAUUGGAAGCAUCUUUGAAAGCAAUGCCAUCUUGGAAUACAUUGCUUCCAAAUAUGAUAAAGAGGGUAAAUUUAGUUACAAAGAACAAGAUGAUCCUAAAUUAUAUUGGCACCAAAAGGAAUGGUUGUAUUUCCAAGCAUCUCAAUUCGCGGCUCAUACCUUGUCUAGAGGUGUUUAUUAUAUCCAAAUGAACCCCAAUGAUGAAUUCACCAAGGAAAAUGUGUUGCACAAUUUUGCUAAAUUGUAUGAUGUUAUUGAAGGACAAUUGAUUCAGAAUGGGUCAGGUUGGUUAAUUGGAGAUAAAUUUACCAUUGUUGAUAUUGCUUUUGCCACGGGUAAUCAUAGACGUAUUGAAGUGUUUACGGGAACUGAUUACGAAAUUAAAGAUUUUGAUGAAAAAUAUCCAAAAGUUGUCAAAUGGUAUGAGAAUGUUUUGGCUAUUGAUGGGGUUAAAGAUGUACUUACAUGA